CGUUUCAGAUGUUUCCAUAUUUGCUAUUGUUGCCAUGACCGCCGCCGACCAACUCGGAAGUCCCUUGGGUGGCCGUUUCUGGCCCGUGACCAAGAAGUAUUGGGUCCUCUUUGCGGUGCUUGGCACGGUCGCCGUGUGUCUGUACUCGACAGGGACCGAAUGGACUCUGCUCAACUUACAAGCGACAUCGUUGUCGGUUGGGGUGCACAACAAGCCGCAUGCCCUGAACCACUUGACCUCCUCUGGUGAUUCGCUUGGCGAGACAGCCAACGACACGCCAGACAAAAACACGACGUCUAGUGUGGAGCCGAGCAGCUCGCCGCCCCUGCCAGCCCCAUCGACAGCGCAUUCACCUUCUACCGCCACCACCCCCUCAACCGGGGAGCACAUUAUUACACGUGAGCACGUGGCCAUUGUCGCGUAUGUGCCCCCUGGCAUGCCCAAGUUCGUUCGUGAAGCGCAGCACAUGCUGUGGUCAUCUUGGAACUACUCCGUCCAUCAAGUGGACCCCUCUACCCGCGGCAACACGGACUUGAUCUUUUUUGCGCACCACGACGUGGUCGAUGGCAUGCCCGCGUCCUGCGUUCGCCUUGUGGACAUCUCGCACGCACCGUCCAAGUCCUCGUCGACGUCGUCGGCGGCGGACCGAUGCUACGUCGUCGAGCAUACGCCACCGGCAGACGCAUACUGGCACCGGUACAACUUUAUGUUUAGCUUGUCGUUUCUGGCCGAGCCAGCGUAUGAACCACUACUUAUGUCGUACGACCGACUGCUGCGCACCGACACGGACGUGGUGAUUACGCCGGCGUUCCUGACGUUCAGACCUCGGCAAUUUGUGGUCGGGCGAGGCGGGUACAUGAUUGAAGAGUACACGAAAACCCGCAUCAAACAGCUCGCGACGGACCUCCACAUGACCCACCAAAGCCUGUACAACGUCGGGUCGACCUGGUUUGGCAACACGUCGGUAAGUUGUUCCAGUUGCUGGCAACGUUGCACACACACACACACACAUGGACGUUAGGUAACGUUGCUAAUGGUGCCCAAGAUGCUCGACGUGGCCAAGUUCAUUCUCGAAAGCCCGAAAUAUAACCAAGACGAAGGGUUUCCAAGGUGGCACCCCAAUGUGGCGUCCAUGUAUGCCGGUGAAUUGGUCGUGAAUCAUUUCAUUCCCAAGGAAAACGUGUGGGUCAAUCUCGAUAGCCUCGACAUCAACUGCAACGGCCACGAAAAGACGGCCGACGUGUACCAUAGCCACUGCUGGCCAGGAGAGUACCAAGGGUACUUUAAAAAGUGGGCGUUCGAGCGAGGCGAGUACACUCCCGUGACGUUUCCCCGGGACAAACUGGACAUUGCAGUCAUCAAUGAUUACUUUAUGGCGAUGGCUGUAUAUGGCUAUUAACAAUCCAUGCACUUGAGCAUUUCGAUUGUCCAGUGGAAUCGACGAGCGAUCCCCACUACUGUAUUCCCAGACCAACGCUUAACCUUAUGCUACAGUCCUUUUGCGGUUGUUCACUGUCAGCAAACACUUCACUACAUUAACGAUUACCAGUAACAGUA